CCUUGCUUGCCAUCUAGGACCCAGAGACACCCACAACUAGGGAACUGGACUUCAUUCUGGGAGAUUAGUUGUGCAGCAGUGUGUUUAGUGUGCAUUUGGACUUCGCUGAUUUUAAACUACCUUUUACUUUGGAAGACAGUUCGACUUCUUUAUUUGAAACGCUUCUGUACACACAAUGGAAAAAGCCGUGAGCUUAUCAAAGUCAACAACAGCUGGAACUACAACAGUGGUCCUUGUGGAGAGCAACAGCAAUCCUACAGGCCUACAGCUGGUCAGCUCCUACCACACCAACCGCGUGGGGGACCCCAUGGACCUCGUAGCUCUGGCCCAGCAGGUGCAGAAGGCUGAUGAGUUUGUUCGAGCUAAUGCAUGCAACAAGCUGACUGUCAUAGCAGAGCAAAUCAGACACCUGCAGGAACAAGCAAGAAAGGUUCUGGAGGACGCGAAGAAGGACGCUGACCUGCACCACGCCGCCUGCAAUGUUGUCAAGAAGCCGGGGAAUAUGUAUUACCUGUACAUGCGCGAGUCUGGCCAGCGCUAUUUCUCCAUCCUCUCCCCGCAGGACUGGGGACCCAGCUGCCCACACAAGUUCCUUGGCGGCUACAAGCUGCAGUACGACAUGUCCUGGACUCCAGCUGAGGAGAUGGACAGGCGGGACUCCGAGAUCAACAUCAUUGACAAGCUGCUGACCCAGCAGACUGCCCUGCCUUCCUGCGCAGAGCCCAACUUCCAGGGCCUGUCUUCCUAAACCAGGGCUUGGCAAAGACUUUCGUGGUGACUGAGACUUUGUUGGAUUCAUGGGUUUUACUUUGGGGUUUGUGUGGCAUUUGAGAGAUAUGGGUGCAGUGGGAGAUGUUUUUUUGUGUGGUUUUCAUGAAUGCAAGUAAGGGCAAUAUUCAUCCCCUUUUCUCCAAUGUCCUCCUUGAUCGGAUCAUGUCUAUCCAGUCAGAUUCUGCCGCUAACUACUGAUCUUGAGACCUGGAGCAAGUAUCUAGUCUUUACUAUCGGCACCUGCAGAGAGGAUACAGAUAACUUUUUGUUUCUAGUUUUAAGUGACAUUCACCAAUUUUUAAUAUAGAUAAUAUAAAUGGUCGGAUGUCGUUUGGUGUAUUGUUUUUAAAUCUAUCAGUGCCAUUUUAUUUGUAGGUUUAGAAUAAGGGCAAGUUGAAAUGUCUGCCCACUUUCCUGGGUGACUCCAGUGGGUGAAUGGUGAUGGUCUCUGGGGAUGAAAAUGUCUGUGGGCCUUUGAGAGACCCAUCAUCAGACAACUGUGUCCCUCUCUGCUGUCUUGAGAGGGCAGCUGUAUGGCUAUUCAGUGGAAGUGUCCAUUUCCUUCACAGCUUAAUCUGUUGCCAUUUUCCUCCUCCUGUUUCUCAGUUUAGAAGUUCAGUAUUUCCCUCUUCAAGGAGGGAGCCUGUAUGGAGCUGCUGUUCUCCACAGCCAUGUCUUCACUGGCUGGGUCACAGCACACAUCUUCACAGUUUACAGCAGCUGCAUGCAAGAUGACUGCGUGUAAAUACAUUUGUGUUUUCAAUUACAUUUCUAACUUCAAAUUGUCUAUCUCCAAAUUGUAUUAUUGGAAACGGUACUUUUAUUGAAGCGAAUAUUAUGAGUUAUUGAAUGUAAAAGGUCAUAAGAAACAUCCUGUAUGUGUCUAAGAAAGUAAUUAAGUUAAUUGGUCACAUUUAUGAAUACAUCAGAGAUAUAAAAGAGGCAAAGGGCACAGUAUACCAAAAUACCAUUCCAUAACAGUGUGGUCUAAAUAUAAAACAGGCUGUUCAGACUUUGUAAAAACUGCUUUACAAUAAUGAGGUAUAUUAACUUUCCCUCUAGGAGAGAAGAUGAAGAUCCAUAUGACCUCUUACUGUAUGCAGGACUGCUUUGUGUAAUGAGAAAUACAUAAUGGAGAACUUUCAAAGCCACUUCUGAUUCAGAUUUUUAAACUACUGUAAAGUUUAUUCUGCUUACAUGUACAUAAUAUUUCUAAUAUUAGAUUUUUACAUUUAAAAGAAUUAACAGAAUUGAUUAAGCUAGCUAUGGCUAUUAUCAACACCAAAUACAAACACUAAAAACAUGGACAUGAAGUAUGUUUAUUUUUACUGGGUUAGAUAAAUAUUUUUUUGUGCAUUACUGUGCAUUAAACACUGUUAACACAGUGUGA